GUAAAAGAAGAGGGGGAGAGUAUCAGCUUCCAGUCUCUCCUAACCCUAACACGAUAAUCUUUCAGGACAAUACAUCCACCUUUGCCGGAUUUCAAGAUCUUGACGUUUUCAGAGUUCAGAUUAGCCGAGAGUUCAGCCCAAUGGAAGCCAUACAAGCUAACAUAUCGUUUCGCGAUCCAGAGGCUCCAAUUUCCAGUUCUAGUUUAUUUAGGGAUCUCGAUCGUGAGAAAGAACUACCCAUGGUUAACUUCUCGUUUGGAAGCGAUGAUGGGCCUUCCAGUGAUGGAAACCACAAUUGCAGCGAGCAUAAGGAUGAUGAUGUCCAUGAUGCAGAUCCGGAAGAUUCAAUGCUCUGUCUUUGGGGUUCAAGGUUUGUCCACUUCGGGUUUGAGCGGGUCAACUGCACAGAAGAUUUUGUGAUGUCUGUGAAUGCUGGUGGUGAGACAUUAAGGGAAGAAGAUGCCAAUAAGAUAUUCAUGUCUGACAUCUGCUUCCAAGGAGGGGAAGUCUUAAGAACAGAAGAGAGUAUAAUAGACGGGGGAGACUUUCCGUCAAUUUACCAGUCUGCACGGUUUGGAAACUUCUCUUACCGUUUUGACAAUCUUCCACCUGGAGAUUAUUUUGUUGAUCUACAUUUUGCGGAGAUUAUAAACACAGGUGGACCUAAAGGAAUGCGAACCUUCAAUGUCUAUGUGCAGGAAGAGAAGGUACUAUCUGAACUUGAUAUCUACUCCAUUGUCGGAUCCAAUAGACCAUUGCAGUUAGUUGAUGCUAAGGUCUCUGUGGGUGAGGAUGCUGCAAUUGUAAUAAGGUUCGAAGGAGUUCAUGGAAGCCCAAUAGUUAGUGGGAUAUGCAUAAGGAGAGCUUCAAAAUCAUCUGCUAGUCAGGAGAAAUCUGAGCACUUCGUCUGCAAGAACUGUGGUGCUGAUAUAGAAGUUCCUUCAGAUCAGAAGAAACUUAUGCGGAUGAAAUCUGCCGCCAAGUAUGAGAAAAAGAUAGAAGAAUUGACUGCUCAAUACAAGCUCAAGACAAAUGAGUGCUAUGAGGCUUGGAUGUCACUGACAGCUGCAAAUGACCAGAACCAGAAGGUUAGGAUGGAACUUGACAAUAAGUGCUUCCAAACUCUCUCCUUAGAUGAAGCUCUGAAAAAACAAGGGACAAAACUGAGGGAUAUUUGUAGUAGAUAUGAACGUGAUAAGAAGUUCUGGAUUGCUGCAGUUAAUGAUUUAGAAGGAAAAGUAAAGAUUAUGAAACAGGACCAUUCUAAACUCUCUUGUGAAGCUCAUGAAUGUGCUGAUUCAAUUCCGAAAUUGAAUCAAAUGGUCUUUGGAGUUCGGGCUUUGGUUGCACAAUGUGAGGAUCUUAAAGUGAAGUACAGUGAAGAGCAGUUAAAAAGAAAAACGCUCUUCAACCAAAUUCAGGAUGCAAAAGGGAAUAUAAGGGUCUUCUGUCGAUGCCGCCCAUUAAGUAAGGGGGAGCUUUCUGCAGGAUAUGCAACGGUUGUAGACUUUGAUGCAGCUAAGGAUGGAGACUUAGGGAUUUUGACUGGUGGUACUGUGAAGAAGACCUUCAAAUUUGACAGAGUCUAUACACCGAAGGAUGAUCAAACUACUGUGUUUGCGGAUGCCUCACCCUUGGUGACUUCAGUAUUAGAUGGAUAUAAUGUAUGUAUAUUUGCAUACGGCCAAACUGGGACGGGAAAGACUUUUACAAUGGAGGGUACCGGGCAGAACCGAGGAGUCAACUACAGAACUCUGGAUCAGUUGUUCAAAACAGCCAAAGAAAGGAAUGAGACUUUUACAUACAAUAUAUCUGUAAGUGUGCUUGAAGUCUACAAUGAGCAGAUCAGGGACUUGCUUGCCACAUCACCGACAUCCAAAAAGUUGGAGAUACGACAAGCUUCCGAAGGGGUUCAUCAUGUUCCAGGAAUUGUUGAAGCCAAAGUUGAGAAUAUAAAGGAGGUAUGGGAUGUGCUACAGGCUGGAAGUAAUGCUAGAGCUGUUGGAUCCAACAAUGUGAAUGAGCAUAGCAGCCGAUCCCAUUGCAUGUUGUGCAUAAUGGUAAGAGCAAAGAAUCUGUUGAAUGGGGAGUCCACCAAGAGCAAGCUUUGGCUUGUGGACUUAGCUGGCAGUGAAAGGCUUGCAAAAACUGAGGUACAGGGUGAGCGGCUGAAAGAAGCUCAGAAUAUCAACAGAUCACUUUCAGCCCUUGGGGAUGUCAUAUCUGCUCUAGCAACCAAAAGCAGUCAUAUUCCAUAUAGGAAUUCCAAAUUGACCCAUCUGCUCCAAGAUUCAUUAGGGGGUGAUUCCAAAACUCUGAUGUUUGUUCAAAUAAGCCCUUCAGAACACGACUUAGGUGAGACUCUAAGUUCAUUGAAUUUUGCAACUCGGGUUCGGGGGAUUGAGUUGGGUCCUGCAAAGAAGCAGCUUGAUACGAGUGAGCUUCAAAAGCUGAAAAUGUUGCUUGAAAAAGCAAAGCAGGAAUCUAGAUCAAAAGAUGAUUCCCUGCGGAAGUUGGGAGAUAGCAUUCAAAACUUAGAAAAUAAGGCAACAAGCAAAGAUCAGCUUUGCAAAAGCCAACAAGAAAAAGUAAAAGAACUGGAAAAUCAUCUUGAGUUGAAGACAGAGUUACACAGCCAACUAGAGAAGCAAUGCCUGCAUCUUGUGGAGAAAAUGAAGGGAAGUGAAGACACUUGCAUGGCCCUUCAACAAAAGGUUAAGGAGCUCGAAAACAAGUUGAAAGAGAAAGAGCGUAUGGAGUCUAUCAGUCUUCAACAGAAGGUCAAAAACCUUGAAGACAAGCUCAAAGAGAGAGAACUUCAGUUUGAAUCCGAUUCUAUGACACUCAGGCAAAAGGUCAAGGAGCAGGAGAGCAAGCUGAAAGAACGAGAACAGUCUGUACUCCUUCAGCAGAAGGUUAAGGAGCUUGAAGAUAAGCUGAGAGAGCGAGAACAACAAGUGGAGUCUAUGCUACUACUAAGUUCAACAAGCAAGUCAAGAGCAGCUAGCCCAAACGAAGCAAAAUCCCUGUCCAGAGAAUCCAUGAGUGAAACUGAUCCCCAUAUUCUAAGGAGCUCAAGUUCAAUCAAUCGCUCAAUGAAUCAGGAGUCUGUUUUGCUGCGCGGCACUGAAUCUCUCCGUGAGAUUAGAAGGAAAAGAGAUUUAAGAAAUGGUGAGACAGAAAAUAAUUACUUCCAAGUCAAUCCUUCACUUGAGAAGAAGAUAGUGCCAACUGAGCUUGGUAGAGUAAGAAAAGUUGAUACAGUUAAAUCAUUGACAAGAAUUAUAAGAACAACCAAACCAAUUAAUACUGCUCCAAAGAUGUUUUCUCAUGGCAGAAUCAAUAGAGAUCAGGUCCAAGGAAUCAAGGAAAAAGAUAAGACAAGGGGAUGGUCAAGAUAGUGAAAGGAGAGUCAAAGCAAGUGAAGCCUGUCUUGGAUGUAUUAAUCCUCCCUCUUUUAUUUCUUUUCCCCUAUAUUCCUUGGGUUGAUAUGGAAAUUGUGGUUCCCAUGAGCUAAAAAUAAAUAGGUGGCAAUGCUUUUGCUUCUAGUAUGAGCAGUGCUUGGUGUAUUCUAGAGUGUUUCAGGCUAGGAAAACAAUAACCUGCCAUUAUAUUUGAAGGCCUUGUAUAUGUAAUUUAAUUCAAAUUGGAAAAUUUUUAUAUUCCAUUUUUUUGUGAAAACUACUUUCUGUGUGUA